CCUAUGUUGCCUCCCACCGCCCCCCAUGUCCCCUCUCAUCUCAGCACUCCCCAAAACCCACUUUAAUUCUCCUUCCUAUUAACCUCUCCAGUCACCAAGAUUUCAUCUUUAGCCAAGAGAAAAGAGUAUGCCCCCAUAGCUACCGACUUCUGAUUCGUGUUAGUUGCAGUUUUUUGCAGUGUACUUGUAAAAAUCCCAGCUUUUUCAAUUUUCCUGCACCAGCUUUUUUCACCCCACAUUCUCCCUUAUCUGCAAUCUGCAUCGCAUGUUUACCCAAACCCUAGAUCUGUGCUACAGUUGGAAUUGAAAGAAGAAGAUAGUUUGAUUAUCAAGGACUGGUGGAAGUAUAGAAGAAAAGAGUGGAAGUAAGAGGGUGGAAAGAUGAGUGGGGCAGCAUCAUCUUCGGUGGGGGUGGGGGUGGGAGUUGGGGCUGGGAUAGGCGGCGGAGGCGAGCUGGGGUAUGGGGGAUAUAGGGCACCAUUCACUGCAGUGCAAUGGCAGGAGCUAGAGCACCAAGCCAUGAUAUACAAGUACCUCAUGGCUGGCUUGCCAGUCCCACCCGACCUCGUUAUGCCCAUUCGUCGAAGCUUUGAUGCCAUUUCUGCCCGUUUCUUUCACCAUCCUUCAUUGGGAUACUGUUCCUAUUAUGGGAAGAAAUUCGAUCCCGAGCCUGGGAGAUGUCGGAGGACGGAUGGGAAGAAGUGGAGGUGCUCGAAGGAUGCACAUCCAGACUCUAAAUAUUGCGAGCGGCAUAUGCACCGUGGUCGCAACCGUUCAAGAAAGCCUGUGGAAUCCCAGUCUACUUCGCAGUCUGCAUCGACUGCAAUAUCCCACAUAUCUAGUGGGUGUGGUAAUAACAGUGGAAGCUUUCAUGGCAGUGGCAGUGGAAGCGGAAGUUAUCAGAACAUGCCAUAUUAUUCUGUUGCCAGUUCAGAUGGAUCAUCUUUUGGGAGCAACGUGACAAAGCUACAGAUGGAGCCUCUCUCCUACGGGAUCGAGAACAAGGACUUCAGGCAAUAUGUUCAUGGGGUGACUUCCAAUGCUGACGAUAAUAGUUUCUCACCCGAACCAUCUGCAAGUGUUGGAACCCUAGGUUUAGGCUCGAGCACAGGAGGUGGUGGCAUGUGGCGACUCCUGCCCUCUCAAGUCUCUUCGAGCUCCAUGUUAAAGCCGAAAUCCGAUUCCCAGUUGCUCGGUCCGUCUUCCACUCAACAGAACAUACCUCACACAUUCGAGCCCAUCUCAAAACAGAGGCAGCACUGCUUUUUGGGAAGUGAGAUUGUUUCUCCAGUCCCAGAUAAGCAGGAGGAGCAGCAUCCAGUUCAUCCUUUCUUUAGCGAGUGGCCCACGACUAAGGAAUCAUGGUCCACUCUCGACAAUGAUGAUGGUUCCGGGAAAAACUUCUUCUCCACUACCCAGCUGUCCAUGUCAAUUCCGAGGGCUUCUGCCAAUUUUUCUUCGAGCGGGUACUCCACACAGGAUGCUUGAAGCAGGAAGGGUAUGGCUACAGCAAUUCCAUUCUGUGGCUGUAUGCUGAUUGAGGGCGUUUCGAGGUUGUUUUCUGCUUGUAUGAGAUUCGUUUGUCGACACAAUGUUAAUGUUCUCUUAGGCAACUUGGUAUGUUUAAAAUUGAAUUUCUUGCUUGAA